GUGCGCAUAUCUGACGGGUUGGAAGGAAUGUCAGACUCUGCUGCGCUUUUAUCACGCAGCCGCCUACUCUCCCCUACUCUCGCAUACAUUUCAGGCGAGGCAAGGCGCAUCUCAAACAUUUGUCAUCUCGAAAGCAACUCUAAACACCCCAAAACACAAAGAGAUCGUUCAGCUUUCUUUGUUAGACUGGUGUUCUCUUUGCUGGAUUCUCCUCGGUCUUGUUUUGCGUGUGUUACCAUAGGAACCACUUUGCUGUUUUUGCGUUUGUAACGAAUGAUGGCCAGCGGAUCAAAAUAUAAGGAGUCCAGAGUCACUAACUACAGAACGGAGACACGACAGUUAAUACAACUAAUGAUGCAAAAGUCUGGUCUAACGGACCUUCAACAGAAACAAAUCAAUAAUCAACUGAAAAAUGGGGGCGCUCUUCCACUAACGUUUACCCCAGUUGAGCAGAAAAAAGUGCAGUCAGAGCCCAGAAUCUCCAGAGUAACCUCACUGGUGGGUCACCAGCUGAGGCGCAGUGCAGAAAGAUGUAGUGCUGGAGAUAAUUACAAACGAGAAAAGUUUCAGCCUAGUGCAACACGAGAUCUGGAGAAAGAGAAGAGAAGGCUACAAAAUAUUCUUUCUACUGGUAAAAAGGAUGCUGGGCCAACUCACUCCCAAAGAGACUCCACAGAAAAAAGAGAGCAACAGAUAGACAGAUUCCAAGAGGUUCUGGAUGACAUUGAGGACAGGAGGCAGUUUUUAGAGGAGAUGAUAGCAUUGGGAAAAGGUGACCAAUACCAGCACCUCAUCAACACGGAGAUCUCUCAGAAAAUCUUUGAACUUGAAGAGAUUGACAGGAAACGCAGUGAAGAAUUAAGGACCCUCAAUUUAAAUGGAAAAGAGGAACUAUAAAGCAAAGAGCGGGAUGGAUAAAGAGAAGCUGAUAAUAGAAGGUAGUGUUAGACAAGUAUGAGCAUUAAAACUUGUUUAAAAAAAUCUCAAAACAGCAAAAGGUUUUUGUUUCAUGAAGUCAUUUUAUUUUUAAUGUCCUCCAUCCUAAAAGCACUGACUGUUUUAAAGACAACGAAAAGCCCUUGGGGUUGAUCAGGCACACACACUGACAUACAAAUGUAAUACUAAAAUCUGAUAAAUACAAAUUAAAUACUUGCAGAAGACACAAACUGAAAUGUCAACAAAAUAUUCAGAGACACUUAACCAAUGAGAGGACAUACAUAAAUUAAACAGAUUAAAGGCACUCCUUCAGAAAUAUACUCCUGCUUGGGUUUACAGAGAUUAAGGCCCAACACACAACAUGCGACAUUCUACAUUGAACAUUUUAAAAUUAUUUAACUAAAGCUUAA